UGGCUUAGGCGCCCACGACACUGUAUUUAUAGAGAGCUCCCUGCAGCUCUUAAUUCCUCGCAGUCCACUUAACCCUUUCCAGGCCGCGGUACCAGCCCCGGGCGGAGGGAGAACACAGGACUGGGCUCGGCUCGCGGAAUCCGGAAUUCGAGAUCCGGCUCUGCGGCCAGCCGCCUGGAGGGUGGGGUGGUCAGCGGGCAGUCACCUGUCCCCUCUCGCAGAAUAUAAACGUCGGAUCUCGAGAGUGUGGGAACGGGGAGGGGGAGGGGCACGGGCAGACCAGCGCCCCCUGGCCCGAGUCCAGAAUCUGGUCUGGGGUCAGGGGCGGGGUCCGGGCCGAUGCCCUGCCCAGCGGGCGGGCUCAGGCCUCUGCCCCGAAGAGCCGCCGCGGGGCCAAUCCCGCCUCUGGGGCGCACCCGGGCUGCCUUUCCGGGCCCGCGGCUUCCUCCAGCCCGCCCCGCCCCUCCCCUCGGCCUCUCCCGGCCGCCCCCGACCCGGACUAGGGCCCGGCCUCGCGGCGGCGGCGGCUAGACAACGCUCCGCCGCGUCCCCGCGUCCCAAGAGCCGGCCGCGGCGCGUGAGCUUUCCAAUUUACUCUAGACUCGUGGGCUGCAAGAAAUCAGACCAUCCAGCUUGUAAGAGGCUCCUUGAGGACAGACACAGCUUCGUCAUCUCUCAGGCCCCAGGGCCUGCCUACCAGGCAGGGGCAGCCUUCCACCACGGAGAGCCCAGCUGUCAGCUGCCUCUUGGGAAGAUGCUGUGUUGCUGGGCCAGCGCGGGUGUGGGCGUGCGUGUGCCCUUGGCCACGGCCCUGGCAGCGCUGUGGGUCUGUGUCACAGGUGCUUUGGAGGUCCAGGUCCCUGAGGACCCCGUGGUGGCCCUGGUGGGCGCCGAUGCCACCCUGCGCUGCUCCUUCUCGCCCGAACCCGGCUUCAGCCUGGCGCAGCUCAACCUCAUCUGGCAGCUGACGGACACCAAACAGCUGGUGCACAGCUUCGCCGAGGGCCGCGACCAGGGCAGCGCCUACGCCAACCGCACCGCGCUCUUCCCGGACCUGCUGGCCCAGGGCAACGCGUCGCUGAGGCUGCAGCGCGUGCGCGUGGCGGACGAGGGCAGCUUCACCUGCUUUGUGAGCAUUCGGGACUUCGGCAGCGCGGCAGUCAGCCUGCAGGUGGCGGCUCCUUACUCGAAGCCCAGCAUGACCCUGGAGCCCAGCAAGGACCUGCGGCCCGGGGACACGGUGACCAUCACGUGCUCCAGCUACCGGGGCUAUCCGGAGGCCGAGGUGCUAUGGCAGGACGGGCAGGGCGCACCCUUGACGGGCAACGUGACCACGUCGCAGAUGGCCAACGAGCAGGGCUUGUUCGACGUGCGCAGUGUCCUGAGGGUGGUGCUGGGCGCGAACGGCACGUACAGCUGCCUGGUGCGCAACCCCGUGCUGCGGCAGGACGCGCACGGCUCGGUCACCAUCACAGGGCAGCCCAUGACCUUCCCCCCUGAGGCCCUGUGGGUGACCGUGGGGCUGUCUGUCUGUCUUGUUGCACUGCUGGUGGCCUUGGCCUUCGUGUGCUGGAGAAAGAUCAAGCAGAGCUGUGAAGAGGAGAAUGCAGGUGCUGAGGACCAGGAUGCGGAUGGAGAAGGAUCCAAGACCGCCCUGCGGCCUCUGAAACACUCUGAAAGCAAAGAAGAUGAUGGACAAGAAAUAGCCUGACCACGCGGGCCAGGGAGCUGCUGCUCUGGCCUGGGGUCUUCGUGUGAGCCCUGCCCUCAACAGACAGCUCCCACUCCAGCAGGUCUGCUCAUUGUCCGAAGGACAGAGAGACCUCCCCGCAGCCUUCUUUCUCUGAUGGAUGUGAUUCCCAAGUCAUCCUGCUGCCUUACUUCUCCGGUGACACGAUGCAUAAACCAUCCUGCUGUCUAGUUUCUUAUGGACACCACCCCACCGCCUUAUUUCUCCACGGAUAUGCUGCACGGACCAUCUGGCUGCCUCUUUUUCUCCAAAGGACUCAAUAUUCAGACUGAUCCUCUGCCUUAUUUCUCCAAUGACAGGAUACACAGGCACCCCAGGCCUUCUUUUUCCAGUGGCCCUGAUACACUAGUUUUCAUUUCUCAGCCCUUUCUUCCACCCAACCCCCACCCCGGGCUCCCUGUAAGCCCAUCUCCUCAGACAGGGACACUGCAGCUUCAGCAUCUCCUCGAGUCCACAGGCGUCUCCCCUUCCACCUCCCCUUCUUCUGGCCCCAGCGUGAGCCUUUUCCCUCCCUCACUAAGUGAAGACAGGGCCCUUCCCCCAGGCCCGCAGAGGCACACAGGUGCAUGUGCUGGAACACGUGCCAGGACAGGUAGGGACCUCCCUUGGCCCAGUCUCUCCCGUGGUGCCCUGGGCUGUGCCCUGGGAACUGCCUCCCCACGGAAAGCACGUGCUGGUCACACUGGGUGUCCGGGUGUCUGUGUGGGCCCCCUGGGGGCCAGCCCCUAGCCCCCUGCUUUGCCCUCCUGUCCUUUUGUUCACCCAUUCUAGUCAUGUUCAUCAAGCAUCCGUAGGGUGUCAGCACUGCCUUGGGCACCUGGGAUGCAGAGUGAGAAGAUAGACCCCUCCUUUAAGGAGCUCGUCCUUCAACUAGGGACCCGUGAGGAGACAGAUACCUGCCCGCUACAGUCUGUGGCUCUCGAGUAGGCUCCUGCCCUGCUCCCUACAGUACCCUUCUUCUGUGCCCACAGCCUGCUGGAUACCUCAUGCCCACUGCAUCCUCAUUCCCUCCCCAGAGCAGGGGGUAGGGACAGCAACCUGGAGACAGGGCAGAGCCUCUUGUUACAGUCGGAGAAUCUAAUGGUUUCCGAAGUCUUUCCGGGUGGGAGCAGGUGGGCAGGUGGCCACGGUACCCUGUGAGAGCAGAAGUGUAGGGGAAGCCUGGGGACGGGGCAGGGCCAGGAGGCCAUAGGGACGCAGCCCCUCACCCCCCCCACCACCAUGGUGCUAUUCUGGAGCCGGGAGGAUACCUCCUGGCUUGUCUCUCACCGGCCCCCAGCCUCCAGAAUGCUUCUGAUGUCCUCCCGCUGACAUUUCUUCCUUUCCCCGGGAAUGGAAGAGGUGGCAUGUCUAAUUUAAAUGUGGGACUCUGAGGAAUUUUGUUAACUGGGGGUGUAUUUUGGGAAAAAUAAAUGGCUUUGUAGAAA